AUGCGUUCAGCGAGGGCCGAUUUGUCGUCCGCGCCGGGCGAGCAACGCUCGACGCUGCGCGUCCGCAACCCGGCCUCCGGUGUCGUGUACCACCUCAUCUUCGAGGGCAACCUGCGCAGGCUGACGGGGGCGCAGCUGCGGCUGCACCUCGAGGGCAUCUGCCUCGUCCCGGCUGAGCGGCAGCGGCUAACGUUCAACGGCGUUCCCGUCGACAACGAAAGCACCGGGGCCUCGCUGGGGCUGCACGACAGGGCGCUGCUCGAGCUCCACACCGCGCCGCGCGGCGGCCCUGGCGACGUGCUCCUCCGCGGAGCGCAGUACGCGCACCCCGCGGAGGAGCACCUGAACCACAGCGAGCGCAGUGAGCAGCCGCAUGGCCUGAGCACGCCGACGACGACGACUGCGUCGCAGCGGACACCAACGCCACGCGCCAUGCAGCGUGACGUAGAGGACGCGAGCGCCGAGGUGCGGCAUCCGCGGUGGCGUUAUGCGUACGGCAAGGAUGACUGUGGGGGACCGCGUCUGGCCAGGAAUGUGUGUGCCGCGGCACCCCUUUUGGGGGCUCCGCCAGCGCAGACUUUAGAGCCGGUGGAUGCCGUCAUUGAGGAGGACGCCAUCGAGGGCCUGAGCGCCGCGAUGAUGCCGCUGCAUGACGCCGACAUUGAGGAUGCCCGGCUGGAGCAGAUGGAGUACGUGUGGAUGAUGGAGCAGAUGCGGUUUGAGACGGAGCGGAUGAAUCGUGAGCGGGAUCUCCUUCGGCAGCGGCAAGAGCUUGAGUACGAGGCGGAGAUUCUGGAGCGGGAGCAGUGCAUUGUGGGGCGACGCACGCUGCAGGAACGGCGCAAACUGGCGGAGCUGCAGCAGUGGGUACGGGAGGAGAUGGCGGUGGAGGCACGCCUGCUUAACAUACGCGACAGUGGCCUCAGCUACGGCAACCGGGACGACGACCACGAUGAAAGCAUUGACUUGACGGCUCAGGAGGAGCCGCUGAGGUGA